GUAGAAAUGAAAAAGAAGAUUUUAAAUUAUAAUUCAUACUCAAGCACAGACAUGACCUAAAGACCUGACUUGGACAUAAGUACAGUAUCGCCAUCUACAUUCUAUGUCCAUCGUCCUCCAAUGAUAAGUCCAUAAGGUUACACUACUAUAUUUCUUCAUACAACGGUGUUACACUUACACUAUAUUCCUGAACGCGUCCCAAUGCUUUGGCUUUGACAGUUAAUGACGCAAAACACGUCACAUGCUUCUUGAUGUGACAUUCAAUGACAUUUGUUAUUGACAAUUUUUUUUAUUAAUUUGCUGGUUUAAAUGUCCAAGUUUUAGGAUAAUAUUCAAUGAAUGACUGUUACAUUUAUCAGUGAAGUUAUGUUAUAAUAAUACUUUCCAGUGUAUGUAUAUAUUUUUAAAGAACAUCGAAAAUGGAUCGAAAUUUGUCCAGGGAUGACCAAUCCUAUAUCCAAAAGAUGCAGUACAUGUCUAUUAGCGACCAACAAGAUAGAUACGUCCGCGGUACUAAUAAAGCAGAACCAGCUGUCCCGUCCUACCAACAGAAACAAAACAGUUUUGGUGCAGUAGAUAAUUUUACUAGAGAUUCUCAUAAAAAUGAUUAUGCUAUGUAUGAAAGAAACAAUAUCAUAGCGAGUUCAAAAUAUGCUACUCCAAAGCGAGUUGAGACAAUUGCAGGCCAAAGAGGAUAUGAAGAUGAUGAUUUAUAUGUUCAGUGUGCAAAACCAGUAGUUCCUAUAACUUCAAGUCCAACACAAUCUUUAAGUGGAUCAUCACAAAAUUCAGGUAGUCCUAGAGCUAGCAUGGCUGUUAGUUCAGCUGUUUAUGAAAACAUCGAUUACAACUCUAAGCAUAAUCAAAUGCCUUAUUAUUCCGGAAUAAACAACACUAAUAGCUACAGAAAGGCCCAGCCACAGGUUCCUUCUGGUGGAAAUAAAAGUGGUGCAGAUUUAGAUGGGCCUCCAGUAUAUGAAAACUUGAAUAUUAUGAAGAGUGCCAUGCCUGGUCCUCAAGUACCGACUAAUGCCCCGCCUCCUUAUAAUUACCAGUACUCCUCUCAUUCUGUAUACACACCAAUGCAAACACCUAACAUGGGUAAAGCCCAACCCCAGUCCCCCUAUAAUAACUAUAAUAAGUCUCCAUCAAAAAGUUUUACCCAACAACAGUUAGAUGAUCUGAACAGCAGCGACUAUGUCUGUAUGACUGGUAAUGUAGCUCACACUACUCUAAACACCCCUUUUCAAACGACCUCUGCUAAGAGUUAUGAUAGAUCUGUAGCGACAGGAAUUGCAUUAACCCCAACUAAGACAGUGCUCUCUAAGGAGGUUAAGCAAGCUGCACCCUUGCCUCCGAAAGUAGAUAAGAGACCCUCUCCCGCGCCAAGUCCAACUCCUAGCACAUUUAGUAAUUCAGGGGGAAGGUUGAAGAUGACAGGGAAGAAUUUGUUGCCUUAUAGUGUGACGCCUCCUAAGCCAAGGGGACCUACAGAAGCUGAGAAAAAAAUUGAAGAAAUGACUAGGCAGAUCGAGGAGGAAAUGGAAAAGCAUGAGGAGGAAGGAGAGUAUUUUGGUAUUUGCCACACUUGUGGAGACAAAGUUACGGGUGCCGGUCAGGCAUGCCAAGCAAUGGGAAAUUUGUACCACACCAAUUGCUUUAUAUGUUGUUCCUGUGGAAGGGCCCUCAGAGGAAAGGCGUUUUAUAAUGUCCACGGAAGGGUCUACUGCGAAGAAGAUUACCUAGUAAGCCCUACUCCAAAUGAUUAUUCUGGCUUCCAGCAAACUGCAGAAAAGUGUGCAAUUUGUAACCAUCUUAUAAUGGAAAUGAUUCUGCAAGCCAUGGGCAAAUCGUACCAUCCAGGUUGUUUCAGGUGUUGUGUGUGCAAUGAGUGUUUAGACGGAGUACCUUUCACUGUGGAUGUAGACAAUAAAAUUUAUUGUGUGAAUGACUACCACAGGAUGUUUGCUCCCAAAUGUGCAGCAUGUGGAAAAGGUAUAACUCCUGUAGAGGGCACGGAAGAAACAGUCCGUGUGGUAUCAAUGGACAAGGAUUUCCAUGUAGACUGUUACAUCUGCGAAGAAUGUGGCAUGCAGUUGACAGACGAACCUGACAAACGCUGUUACCCAUUAGAGGAUAGGCUGAUGUGCCGAAACUGCCACAUUCAAAGACUGCAACACAUGCCAUCUCAAAUGCAUCCCGUUCCUGUGACAUAUCAAUAUACUGGUUAAGUUACCUAUGUUAGUUUGGUCAAUGUUGAAACUGAAUGUUGAUCGUUUGUCACAUAGGUGACAGUAGUGCGCUUUUUCCGGGGUUAUGCUAGGCUUUAUUUGUAGGUUUAAAGAAGUAUUAUAGAUCGAUAUAUUUAUAUUACAGACAUUAUUACAGUAUAAACGAUAUAAAAGUUUAAGCAUAAGUAUCACAAUGAAAUUUCUCUUGAUAUUUUAUUUAAGAAAUGUAUGAAACUGUUUCUGAUCGUGAUACUUCAUACUUGAAAAAAACAAUUUAAAAAAUGACAAGCGUCACUUGUCAAUUUUCUCUGCCGAAAGAGACUAAUACACCAAUUUUAUAUUAUACAAUUUUUGAUGAGCAUACAAACUGGCAUAAAUUAAAAAAAAAAAAUAAAAAUGUGUACAGACAUCAAAAUUUAGAGUAUAUUAGGCAAAUGUUACUCCUCAGAUUAUACAUCACUGUUUUUUAAUGUUGUAUAUCAAGACAAUGUGAAGUCGACUAAUUGUUGUUAAAUCUUUAGGCAAUUUUUUGAGUAGCAAAAUCGAACUAUUUUAGGGGAUUUUUAAAGCUGUGACUCAUUUUAAACUAUCUUGAAGGUCAAUAAUAGUUAUAACAAUGCUCUCUACAAGAAAAAUACAACUGGAAUAUGAUUAUAGGUAAAAACUGUACUGUUGUUUCAAAAAGAACACAUUGGAUAUAUUUUACAUGUUUAUUAAUUAAUUUAUAGGAUUAUCAGUUAUAAUAAAUUUUGCAAGUCAAGUUGAGAAUAAAAUUUUCAUUUUACAGAAAAAAAAAUUUGAUUGGUUUAUUUAUAGGUCGUUACUACAAAAACUAUAAAACAUUUUCAAGUUACUUAUUUUGUGUCAAAUUAAUGUUAAUAUUACAAAGCUUGCAUAUUUUAAAUUUGAACAAGUCCAUUAUGAGCUUUAAUAUUUCCUUUAAAAAAAAAUGCAUUCUUUAGGCUUGUUUCAAAUAUGUGAUAAAGAUAUAUAAAUUUUCUAGAUGGAGUACUUUUUUGAGUACUUUUAGUAUGUUACAAUUAUUUUCUUUAGAUGUAUACUGUACUUAAGUGUGGCAUUCCAUAUUUUGUAUUAUUUUUCUUAACAUUGUAUAUUUCUAUAAAAAUAUGCCAUUAAAAAAUUCUAAUUAAUUUUAUUCUCCAUAUACUUUCACUUAUCCCCUUUUUUAUACGAGAUGUAAUGCAACAACUUCCAAGUAAAGUAAUCCUGAAACUUAGAAGCAGGAAUACUCCAAGAUAGAACUGUGAACAUAAAAAAAAUACAUUCGACAAUAAAUUAUGACAACUUUAAAACAGUCUUAAUAAAAAAUAAAACAGUUAUUAGUAUUUAUUUCUAAAAUUAGUUAACCAAAGGCUGGGUAACAAUUUCCAAGAUCUAUUCUGUAAGCCUGGAUCAAAUACAUCAUAGUUAACUUUUUGUAACCUAUCUAAAUACAUAAAAACUGGCACUGCUGGUAAUAAAACACUUCUGCCUUCCUUGGGAACACUAUUUGCUAAACUUCUUGCUUUUAGUAAGUGCUGGUGGGCCCUACUAGCUAUUUGAAAUGUACACUCUGUCAAUUGUUCACUCUUUUUAGCUCUCAAUACAUCUUCUUGAACAACUUUGUUCUUUACCAGAAUUUCAAGAGGUAUUGAUAAAAAAUUUAAACGUCUGGCAUGAGGUAUACUUCUAAAACAAUUAAAUUUAACUUCACCAAACAGGUAGAAUAGUUCCGGGCAAUAUUGCGAC